CAACACGGUAGUAAACGGAGACCUGAUGGGGCAAAAUCCACCAAUCAGAAAUGGACAAUGGACAGCCACAGACAUUCUAGUCAAUGCAGGGAUACAACACUAUAAAACCCAACAGACUAUUUUCAAUGGAAAGGCCACAGAGCUGCAGGGAGAGCUGCAUCAGCAUCCGCUCUUCCUCCAGCAGCAGCAGCAGCUCCAGCAGCCCAGGGUGCAGAACCAUCAGCAGUGCCACGUGCAACCCAAGCCCGCCAAUCUUAACGGCAUGUGUGGCCACUCCAGCAAGGCCCACUCGGCUGGAAAAUCCCAGUGGCAGGACUACAGGUUCAGCGAGGGUCUGGGCAGCACCUCCUGCCUCGAUAACGGCCAAAAACCUCCGACAAACACCUCGCUGGAUGCCUGCAUAGAUUAUAGUUUGCCUGAUAUGGACAAUGUGGAUUACGCUAUCAGUGGAAGCAGUUUGUUUGGGAGGAGCGGACAUCAGCACGGGGCCGAGUCCACAGUGCCAUCCUUCCAGGGGAUGAACCACAAGCGGCAGCAAGAGCAGAUCCCAGUUCCUCUGGCGCAGGUCAUCUCCAGCCUGUCGCAGUGCCCGCCCCCCAACGCCUCCCUGGAGGAGAUCCUGGGGGUGGGCAAGCCUUGCCGGCAGCUGGACCCCUACGACAUGGUGACCCCCGAGAUCCCUCAUGACCCCAGCCCCAACAAGAUGGAGAACGGCUGCAUCCUGAACAACACUUACCCAGCAGGCAUUGCUCUGCCCAAUAGAAACGGAGUGGCGCCCCCUGCUGUCCAGAUGCCCCCUGACACUCUGUCCGGCCUCCCCGACCCCCCCAGCCACCGGCUUACCUCUGACCCGCUGAGCAGCACUCUGUGAACGGCCAGAAACACACAGACUGGACCAGCCUUAUACACACCUAGAGUACACCACCAACAGAGCUGAACAAACGUAGGCCUGUUUGAUUCUGUUUUCUUUCUUUCAUUUCUAAUUUGUAAUAUGUUAUGUGUCUGUGUGAGGGGGGGGGGGGGGGUCAUUGUGUUGUAUUUCAAGUCAUAUUAUCAUACGAGUCCUUUGUUUACAAUAAUGCAGUCAAGAGUGCUCAGUUGAGUUUAUGUGAAGUAAAACGGAGAGAGUUUUUAAAGAUGAGUUUCACAAAUCUGCACUCGGAUGCAACAGGAAUUUAGAGUUGGAGGCAAACAUGUGCAUUAUUCUAUAUUUCAAUCUGAAAACACAUUCGUCAUUUCAUGUAGGUUUUUGUUUGAAAUUGUAUGUGUAAAUCACAAAUAACAGAUAUACUGGGUCAAUAUUGAGUGUUACUGUACAAAGGGCAUAUUCCAGUUUAGCAGUGGAAGCCAAGUUUUUAAAGUGGACCUAUCAUGCUAUAUUUGAAACAUAUAUUGUAGGGCCAUACCUAUAUAAAACAUGUCUGUGAAGUUCUUUUUUCAAAAUACCAAACAGAUCAUGCAUUUUAGCCAUGCCUCAUUUCGCUCUAUUUGCUCUAUUCCAGCCCUGUUUCUGCAAGGGCUGAUUCUGUGGCAAAUGAGCUGCAGCUGACCACGCCCCCCUGCAAAGGAGGGGGGCAAGGCACGAGCGUCAUGUUACCAUGCUGCUACCAUGCUGCUACCAUGCCACGCAACCUCUCAUUCCCCUGAUAGGUGGAGAGUUGCCCAUAUAGGCGGAGCUCCCCGUUUCUGACGUCAGAACUAUUUCAAAUCUGGAUCAGUCUGUAUCAGAUCCGUUGCAGCCCCGUUUUUAGAGAUUUGGGUAUGGAGGAAAAGAGAGAGGGUUGUGUUUUCUGACACUUGGUGAGUUCCCUGACACACCGGGGACACAUAUUCAUGUAUAAAAGACGUACUAAAGUGCAUUUUGCAUGAUAGGUCCCCUUUAAGUAAAUAAAUAUCACUUUUCUUUAGAUAAAGGGAUAAAUCAAUUAACAGCAAAAAUACCAAAACCAGCUAAACACAUGCUUGUUCCAGCCCCUCAAAUAUAAGCAUUUGCUGGUUUUCUUUCACCUUUAUGGAACUAAAUUGAAUUUACAUUUGGAGAAGUCAUGUACGAAUCUGAUUAUGUUAAUUUUCUGAAAUCUUAAAGGCCAAUUAAUCAAUUGGCGCAGAGAAACCACAGUGCAGACAGGUGGUGGUCCAUCUCCAAUUCAUGAAUGUACAGAGUAUUAUUAGUAUCUGAAAAACAUCAAAUGCAGUGAUUAUUGUGGCUUUUCAGAUUUCCUUUAUUUAAAUAUAGUUUUACAGUCAAUUGGUUUGCUUUGUAUCUGAACGCAUUAUAAACCCCCCUUUAUCCCUGUCAGAGCAAAUCCAUGGCAUCUCUCAUAGUUUUCCUCCGUGCUACAAGAAUGUAAUCUCUCAGUGAUUUAUUUGUUGAACUCGUCAAGAAGAAGAUGAAUCCAUAUUUGUUUGAAAAAAAAGUCUAGAAUAUGGACAUUAUGGCUCGAAAUAUCCUGCACUUUAUUUCAAGCACCCACCUUAUAAUGCAGAUGUUUAGUGGAUAACAACGUGUUUAUCUCUGAAGCUCCUGAUGCUCCAUGGACCUGUCUGCGUUUACUUUUAUUAUUUUGAGACACAUUUCAGGUGAUGGGUUAAUGUCCUCACAAGCACAAACACUCUAUAAUUGUUAGUAGCAUCAUUUCCAUCUCUCUCCACUUGAAUUUGUUUUGGUCGUCUGGAGUUUUUCUUUAUUUUAUUUUGCUCGACUGACUUCCUUAGUCUGUUUUCUGUAUUUAUUAAUAAUGUCCUGCAGCAAGUAAGCAUUCUUGAUUGUUUUGAAGAUGUGAUGCUUCGUCGUCCUCUUAGCUAAGCAGUGGUCUCUUUUGAGGGAUUGCAACCAGACAGUUUUAAGGAAAAGUCUGACAUCUUUGGGAGAGAUUCUUGUGAGCAGAUAUGAAAACAGUUAUUGAUAUUUGUCUGCCCGAAGCCCCCACGCACAGCACCGGCCAUUGAAGCAAAUGUGUGGCCAAACAGUGGUCCUACACUUCAUCGUCAUUGGGCCCAAAUAGUAUUUUUCCCAUUGACUUACACUGGGAAAGAGACGUCUGUUAAUUAUUCUUUCCCCGCUAAAUUAUCCACCCAGUACAAACACUUUAUAGCCACUAUUCUAAUCAUUAGGGUAACAAGCGAUAAAAGCCAAAUCCAGAGUCAUUUCCUCUCUCCAUUCAUUUUGUAUUUUAUAUUGCAGUCAAAGUCAAAAAACAAACAGAAUAGAUAUACUAUGUUAAUAUUGAGUGUUACUGGGCAAAUAACAUACUCCCAAAUACCAUGGCAUACCUGGCAUUUUCUUUAUAAACUGUACCCUGUGUCCUUUUGUGUCCUUCUAUAGUCCCUUUCCUGUUGUCUGUCUUGUCUUACCCCGGCUGAUACUUCACUAAAUCCACUGUUUUAAUUGUUCCCUAUAUUGCCCCUAUGCCCUGUAAGGUGUCCUUGGGUGUUAUGAAAGGCACCCCCCAAAAUAAAUGUAUUAUUAUUAUUAUUACCAUACUACUACCAGUGGAAGCACAAUUUAAGUACUUAAAUAUCACUGUAUCUGUAGAUCACGUGAUAAAUCAUGAAAAGAAAAUGGAUGAAUAUUUAUUUAUUUACGGUUGCUUGUUUCAUCUUCGGGAAAUAUUCUUGUGAGUUGAUAUAUAAACCAAUAAUAUCAGUCUCACCCAGAUGUAUUCCCAUUGACUUGGGAAAGAGACGUCUGUAAAUUAGCUUAUACUUCUUUUUUUGCUGAAUAAAAUACCCAAUACGAAGUCUUUUAAAUAAAGAAACCCUUAUUUGAAUCACCUGACAAAAUGUGAGACUUUUCCUUCAAAUGUUAGACAGCUUGGCGAUAUGUCAGGUCAGUAUUUCCAGGUCUACACAGCGUCUCCUAGCAGUUACAGAAGGACAAACACUGAAAAACCAAAUGUGAGAAUUAAAAGAGACCUCCACUGGCAAAAUACAAGUCUGAAUGUGUUCUUGUACAUAGCAAAUGACUGGAAAAUGAUGCAGAGUAGAAAUAUUUUGAGAUGCUGAAAAGAGAUUUUCAUUUAAUCGUUCAGAUAAUGUCAUUACUAUUGGUAUUAAUAUUGUUUUAUGUUGAAAUGUGAUACACAUGUGGUUACGUGUCAUUCCAAUUGACUCGUUUCUUUCCCUUUCUUUUUACUACCGCGGAAAUGUUUGCUAUAUUUAAUAUGAUUGAUGUGACUUAUUAACAAAUGUGAAAAAAAUAUGUGUAUAUAAAAGGCGAACAAGUUUUGACAAAUACAGGUAUGUACAUAGUUUUACGUCAAGUCACUUGUUUCAAGCACUAUUUUAAAAACACGUUUCUUUGUUGAUUUCUUUUUUUAUUGUAAAUAGUCUCAUCACGAAACACUGGACUCUGACAGCCGGAAAAUGGUGCCAUACUACUGAGACUUGUUGAAUAGGAUAUAAUGUUGGAGAGUUUAAUUUUGUCUUUUGUUUAGCCACAGUAACUUUCAAAAGCUAACAGGACAAGGUGUAUGUGUUGCAGAUUUGACCCGUGUCCUUUGUCUGCUUGUUUCAAAUGUAUUAUUUUCUUCCUUUGAAAUAAAGGAUUUCUUCAAUCACAAAAGUGAAAAACACAUCUUGCAAGAAAAUGACUGAACACUCAUGCGUGGCCCUCUCCGAGUCCUCCGGUUUUAUAUUCACUCAAACAGCAGGCGUUUCCAACCUGUCAGGGACUCCUUACUGUGGAUGUAAUGGUGCUAUGUGUAGCAUUUAACAUCAAUAAAUCAUUACCACAUUAA